GUCUGAAUGCAGAUUAAGAGUAUUCUUAUUGACAAACUAUUCUGAAUGAGCAGAGAGGGGUUAUAACAUUGUGUGAUACACGUAACAUGGUGACUGGGAUCUACGUGUACUUUCUGUGGAGCAGUGUACUUCUGGGUAAUAUUAGAGCUCAGUUCGCAUUCCCCUUUUGGAAAGGCUUUAACCAUAGAUAUGGAUUCGGCUCUUUCGAUUGGGGGAAAGCUCGAACUAUUUCUUGUAAAACGGGAUACUUUGGAGUCUCCUGCAAUAACAAAUGUAAAUAUCCAACUUAUGGGAAUCAAUGCCGACUGAGGUGUGACUGCAGUGAAAGCCUAUGUAACCAUGUAAACGGAUGUCCUAGUCCUGCUACUAGUUGCCGUAUCGGCUACAUUGGGAAGUACUGUGAAACGCCCUGCCGUUAUCCAAAUUAUGGUGCUGGUUGUCAGAAACUGUGUCUUUGCGCGGAACAGCGGUGUAAUUCUUCCACUGGUUGUAAACAGAUGAAAGAUAGCAAUGCAGUCUUCAUGCAUCGAACAUCACAGUUUACGUUAACUUCUACAGUCAACAGGGGAAAAGAUAGUGCGACUAUAGAUAUGUUAACAGCGGACUCGCUUAUCUCAAACAGAGACUCGAGGGUAUAUACCACAGGUGGUGGAUGUCCUGCUGGAUUUAACGGGAAAGACUGUGUAAAGCCAUGUCGAUACCCAAGCUAUGGAUUGGGUUGUCAAUAUGAAUGUUUUUGUUCCACAGACCUGUGCAAUCCUUCCUCUGGGUGCCAAAAGAAUUCGGAUGAGCACAAUGGAGGCACUGAUAAGCAUAUGGAGACAACCAUAGAAAGGACAACGAUAUCGUUAAAGAGAGUGACGUCUCAUGAAAAACUCCCAAUAGCUGUCGAGUCAGACGAUUCUGAAAAAGGAUUAAGUUUCUUUGCACACCAAACAGAGCCGCAAAUUUCUCCCAAUAGAUAUAUAGAGAUCAAAAUGGGUUUAUCAGUUUUUGGUGUCCUUCUGUUUGUUCUGAUGAUCGGGCAUCUGUACUUGUCCUUCACUCGCUGUGACAAAGGGAGAAGUGGAAGGCACAGUGUAGCGAACUCGAACUCCCAGCUUAUAUAGACUAGAUUCAUUCAUACAUUUUCCAGAAUCCUUUCAUUACAUGUAUGCUUGGAAUAGUUGGACAUACUUCUAAUUGUAACUUCGAUUUAUUAAAACCAUUGAACCAGUAUAAAUAUACAAUAUUGAACAUGGUUCACAUGAAAAUGUAUUUCAAUUUUUAGAUAUUGCCGUUGGUACAAUAUGGUGUAAGAUUUAAUGUAUAUCAUAAACUAUUCAUCUAUGAUCGUUAUAUGUAACUAUGUCGUAAAUCUAAAUUAUGAUUUCUAUAUUAUUUUGUUUUUAUUUUUUGCGAAAUGUUUUGUUUCUAAUAUUAAUCAGAUUUACGAUAUGAUUUUGACAGCUAUUAAAAAUAAUUCUUUUGUGUUAAUAAAUUUUUCUUCGCCAAUUUACAUUUGAUAAGGUAAGCCUCCUACCAAAUUAUGAUUAUCAGAGGAGAAGUUCCAGAGAUCCUCGCCUGCAUGUGUCAGCGUGUACCACUGAACCUGUUUUUUAUUUAUUUAAGAAAUUCAUGACAAAUUGCGAUGCAGAGGUUGGUAAAUGUCUGUUUGAUAUAUAUGAAACUAGGUGAGUUUUAAAUGAUGCGUAUAUUUGAUUCUGACAGCCACUGUCUGAUAAAUAACAGGUCUUUUGUGACAGCCAAGUUCUUGUGUUGAUGGCAUGGUGCUGGUGUCAAAAUGAGUUAUAUGGAUAGUGUUGCUUCAAAAUUUUUCUAUAGAGUGUGAUGAUAUCUUGCUUAUAUCACGUGUGGAUAUUUCACGACAUGAGAACUCCUUUGUUUACAAGAAACAUGUUAUACACGGAAUCGUUUAUUGUAACAGCUAUCAGUGUCUCCAUAUCUAUGUAUCGAGGGGGCUGUACUUCAGAUCUUACUAUAAUACAUCAACUAUAUUUUCCUGGUUGAGUCUAAUUAAAACUAGCGAUCCAAACUUCCUCAUAUACCAGGAAAAUGCAAGUAUCACUGUAAAGUUGUCACUAUUCAAUGGGAAUCGACAAUUCUUUCAGUGAACUCUCGAUAAAUCACUUGGAUAAAAAUACUUUGUCGUGUUUUAUAGUGACAUGCGUUUCAGAAGUUUUAUUCUUAUAUCAUCUAUAUGCCAUCUGAAUUAUGCUUCAAACUCCAGUUGUGAGGGAAAAUACCAAGGCUGUUGCGCAGAUUUUAUGUGGAAUGACAAUCUUCAGACGUGUGUAGAGUGUGCUGCUGGGUAUUAUGAUGGAAACUGCUCCAAAGUCUGUCCAUAUCCAAGCUUUGGUAAAAGAUGUCAAUCAAUUUGUAAAUGCACUGAAGGCUUCUGUCACCAUGCACGGGGUUGUGUGAGGAAAAUGGAUCACACCCGGAAGUAUCCGUCAAUGAGCACGAUGAUGACGCUUGGAAUUACCAUGCUGGCCUUGUUCUCUACUUUGAUUGUCAUUCUAUAUGUAGGCACGUAUGUCGUUCCAAAAUUGAGAAAAGUCAAACCAGUGGUGGAAAUUGAAAUGAUGGAAUAUAAAACUGUUUAAAUUUAUUCAGCAUGUAGUUAUAAAUUUCGCAAAUUAUAGCUAGUAUAAAAGUGACAAAGUGCUGAAACAUAUUGUACUGCGAAACACGUUAGUCUUGUGUUGUAUGUUGAAACGGAUAUCUUUUGUUUCGAACAAGAAAAUGGUGUAUCUAAAACAUUGAUAUCUAUCAUCAAUUUAUCGACAGAUAUUAUCUUUCGAAAUUUAAAAAGAAAUAUUUUAAACCUAAACUUCUUCCAUAAAUAUCAUUUCUGAACAUAUAUUGUAUAUUAUAUUCAUUUAACACGUCACAUAUCAGCUGUAACUCUCUGGGAGUUAUGGAACAGAACAGAAAGCUACAGAUCCACUCCUUAUAAAAGAAUAGAAAGCGACAGAUCCACCCCUUAUAAAAGAACAGCAAACUACAGAUCCACUCCUUAUAAAAGAACAGCAAACUACAGAUCCACUCCUUAUAAAAGAACAGCAAACUACAGAUCCACUCCUUAUAAAAGAAUAGAGAGCGACAGAUCCAUCCUUGAUAAAAACCUUUGAAUUCGGCGCCGUUUUUUUCUGCGCACGGUGAAGGUCUGGUAUUGCUGUAUGCUUGCAUUACCGUCACAAAUUUUGAUUUUUGGUUGUUUGUAGAUAUAUGUAUUGUAAGAUUAAGAUAAAACUAUAGAUCUGUU